AUGAAAUCUUCUUUAAGUAUAUUAAUUUUAUUACUUUGCACUUCUUAUUAUAGUGUUUAUGCAUUAAGUAAAUGCUAAUGCACUGUAGAUUCGACUUCUUUUCCAGGAUCUAGCACUUCUCCUCCUAAAACUCUUUCUCUUUCUCCAGAUGAUGAAGUUAUUGGGAAUACUAACUUUGGAAAACUUGUAGCUGUAGGGUCAAUUUAAGUGCUUUAAAAGCUUUUCCAAGUUUAAAAGCAAUCUAGUGGAGGACUCAACCAUAACUGUCCUUCUGGAUAUAUCCCUAUUACUCAUGAUGACUUGAAUUCUAUUAUUGCAAGAUCCGAUUUUAGUACUUUAAUUGGAUCUUAAUAUUUGAACCUUGACUUUACUAAAAACACUUAUUACUCAUCUAGCAAGGUAUAUCCAAAUGUUACUGAUGGAAGUAAUAACAACGCUUAUAUCUAUUAUACUUUAUCUUUGGAUAAAAAUAAUAAACCUAAUAUUGAUCAGGUAAAUACAUAUUGGGACUCUAAAACAAAGUCUACAAUCUGCAAGAAAAAUUUGUAAUCAUUUUAUGUUUCUCUAAGUGGAUAUGAAGGAUAUGAUUUAGAAAAAGGAAAAUCUUACUAAAUGUCAGUCACCAAUAAAAAUGUUGUGAAGUAUUAUAUUUAUGACAACAACGGUAAUAAAUUUACUACUUAGACUUUUACUUAUACUUAAAAUGGAAAUUAAUGGGGAUGCGCUACCCUUAAUUUUAAGUUAGAGCUAUUUGGAGGAGUUAUUGUCGGAGAUUGUCUCUCUAUAUGGACUUAUAAUUAGAUUGCUUUCAAUGCUGAUUCUAGCAAAUUCAAUAUCAACUAAAUUAAAAAUGUAACUUUACCAGGUGUUAAGGCUAAUGUAAAUAAUGGAUUCUUUUUUAGUCCUGGAUCUGCACCUAUUGCUCCAAUUUUGGGAGAUUCAAGUUCUUUUUAUGUUUACUACUCUGAUAAGAAUUCAAGUAAACUAUUUGUUUAGAAAAUUUCUAGUGGAGGCGCUGCAAUAGGAUCUGCAAUUGAUACAAAAUAAGUUGGUAAUCCUUUCGAUAUUGUUUCCACUGAUUUUGGUUUUGUUGUUAUGGCUUCAGAUUCUACAUAAAGAGCUUUUAUUUAAGCUAUAAAUAAAGAUGGUUCUUAAAGAUGGUUGAGAAUACUUAUGAAUAACGGUUAAUAGCCAAAUACACCUAAAGAAUAAAUUUAAUUCUUUUCAGAUGCUUAAUGCAACUUACCUUUUGGAAUGACAUGCAUGUUUAACCCUCAUAAUGGAAGACUUAAUUAUGCAAGAGGAAAAAUUUAAGCUAUAUGGGCUCAUUAUAAUCAUUUCGGCGUGAAUUCUAAUGGAAAUAGAGAUGAUCAUACUGGUGAUACUAUGAUCAGUUUGGAUGCAGACACAGGUUUCAAUUAAAAUAUCUUUUGGUCAUGGGGUACCUCUCACUCCUUGUAUUAAAAUUUGCAUUAUGAUGGUAAUAAUCUAUAUAUUGCUUCACUUGGUGACGCCUAUCCAAUGAAUAUUAAUUUUAAAGUAUGUAAUAUUGAUACCUAUUAAUGCAAAGAAAGUAGCAAGGUAGUUCAAGGAGCAAUUCCAGGAAAUGGUGGUGGUUCAUCUUCAGGAAGAUAAGGUGGCUUCUUUAGUGUUUCUGGAAAUAGAAAUUAAAAGUUAUUUGUGUACUAGAGAAAGGUUUGCAAUGGAGGAUAUGCAGGAACUCCUUCAACAAACUCAGUCAACGAACUAGCAGUUAUUAAAUUAGAUUCUUAGUUAAACUACAUUUCUACUACUACAUUAUUAAGUGGGGAUGCAGCUGCUAGAGUUAAUAGCAUAAAAUCUGUAGCCUACGGUAAAAAUAUUUUACUUGCUUACACUUAAAUUCCAUAGACAGAAAUAUAAAACUUCAACCGUCAAAAUAGUAAUUCUAAAGUAGAUUAAGCUUUUGUUGCCUUGCUUAGUGGAGUUGAUGGAUCUUUUUUAGUAAAGCCAACAUAAUUAUCAACAUUCUAAAUAAAUUCUUCUGAUGAUUGGAGACCACUUGAAAAUGGAAGUAUUGCUUAUACUUACAUUGAUAGUAAUAAUUCAUUAAGUAUCUUCUUAGCUCCAUCCUUGACAAUCCCUAAUUAUCCAAAUCCUAUUAAAUAGUCUGAUGCCCUUUAUGGAUUUGGAAACUUCACUAAUUCUUUAGUAUAAAUUCCAGUAAAUAACUACAAUAAUGUUUGUGCUAAGUAAGGUGAUCCUAAUAGGAAUUUGCAUGUUAUUAAUAGCAUAACUAGCCAAAUUUAGAAUGAGAAUGAAAAUUCAUAUUCCUUUUAAAAAAUAAUUAAUAGUUUAGGAGUAAUUUUAACAAUAUUGGCAUUAAGCAUAUGA